GUAAAUGAGAGAAAAUUUUAAUGAAGCCCAAUUAGGUCAAAGAGGAGGAGAAAUCUAUAAUAAUGAAAAAAAUAGAUGUUAAUUAGUUAAAUAUACUAAAAUCUCAAUUAAUUCAAGUUAUUGAGAAAUGAACACCUCCAGAGAUAUAAAUCUCAAAAGUAAUAAUCAGAUAAGACCACCAAUAACAUUAAUUUAAAAAAGUAGUUUUAUCAAAUGAACUUUCUUUUUAAAAGGGAGAAAGAGAAAAAGAGAAAAAUUGUUCAAGAGACAAUAAUUCAAGAAGAAAAAUAAACUUCAAGCAGUUCAGAAAAAUAAAAUAUGCCAUUAAGGCUAAGAAAAGUUUAGAAAGAAGGAAGGGCUUUAGUGAUAUACCGGAAGAAAUCAAGAAAGAGCGUCAGUACCAGUGAAAAUAUAUUUUAUGAGUCCCCCAGAAGUCAUAUAUUCAUUGAAAUUAAGAAAUGUGAUUUAAAUAUUUCUGGAUAAGGAAGUGUUUUCCAUUUUCCAGUUUUCAUUACUUCAAAAAAAAUUAUGAAAUCAAUUAAUAUAUCUUCACAAACGCAUUUAAUUCUCCAUAAGUCCACCAACAUUUAACCCUUAAUUCCCUUUUAAAUAAGUUAAUGA